AUGGAGUCCUUGAAUAUCUCCAAACUCAACCUGUAUAGUUCGAAGAGUCGGAGCUCUCAAGACAACGGAAUUAAGUUCGAAAGAAGAGAAGAAAAGUUCGAAUUGAAUUCAUUAACUAAUCAAGAUGAAGAAUAUCACUGCGAGUACAAAGAAGAGAUCUGGAAGAACCUACUGGAACAAGAAGCUGAGAAACCAACAAUCCACCUGCAGUCACCACAACUCGAAUUUCGCGGCUCAUUGGUGCAACAACUCCGUGACGUCACAAAGAAGUUGGGACUCAGUAUCGCAACAUUGCACACUGCCGUCGCACAAUUGGACCUGUUCAUGGACGCGCACAGGCUCAGGGCAGACCGACUGACGCACGUUGCGCUCGCCUGCUUAAGUUUAGCAGCAAAGAGCGAGGAAAAGUUCAGUCGCGCACCUACAUUAAAAAAUUUGGCCAAAAUCAGCGGGGUCCAACUUUGCGGGAAGACCUUUAGGCAGUUAGAAUGGAUGGUUGGCCAACAUGUCCGUUGGAGGCUGCUGUCACCCACUCCUGUGACGUAUGCGGCGCUAGUGGCGCAGUAUGUUGUCACCGACAGCGAUCUUACUACAAGACAUCCAAAAUUUGUGAGACGUUUUAAGAGGGAUGGCGCUAAACUUCUUGAGGCUUACUUGGAUUUAACAUUGUCUGAUGUCCGUCUGAAGGUGGUGGAGAGCGUGGACGUGGGUUGCGCGUGUGUGGCGUGCGCCCGCGCCGACCUGGGGCUGGCGGCGUGGCCCGCCUGGCUCGCCACCGCCACCCUGCGGCCUCACACCUCCGUCGCACCCAUUGCACGACUGCUGCAGAGAAUGAUGCAGAUUCUGAAAGCUCGUGAAACUUCAGUGGAAUCUGAAAUCGAUCAAGGCUACAGCAGUGCGAGGACAUCACCGAACCAAACACCCUGUACGUCCCCAAGCUGCCGUGUGUCACCUGCAUCGAGCACUUGCAGUACAUCAUCCCGCAGCCAUCUCACCGUAGACACGUCAUACCGUCAUCGCCCAAUCACUGAAAGAAGGCCUGACAACGAUUACACCGUGUUAGACUUAAAUGACACAAAUGUGCCUGAGAAUUUGAACGUUCAAGACUACUAUCGGUUACCUACGGCUGUGGAUAUGACUUUGCAACGGGUUAAUUCUGCAGCGGAUUACAGGUACUGUAGGUCACGAAGACUUCUUGAAGCCAGUUUAGAAAACCAACCGUCAACAAGUAUGGCUGUGAAGCGUGGUCUAGAUUCCUCUGUAGAUAUUGAGAGAAAGCGGUACAGGCUUGCCACACAGAUGUCGCAGGUGGUUCUAUGA